UGAAGCGGGUUAACUUUUCCCCUCUGAAUUAACAGCUCUUUUCCAGGUUAUAAAAGGUCACCCUCGAUUGACUUGUGAGGUUAACACUAAAGUUAGAACUAGAAGCCGCAGUAUAGCCAGUAAUCAAUAAUUUUGAUAGAUGUAGAAAGUCUUUAUUUAAAAUGAAGGUUAAUUGUUACCAUCAUCCUAACGUUACUCGUUAGAUCUAGAUCUAACAGUUAGUAAUAGACCUAGUAUUAGGUCUAAGUCCUGACAUAGACUAGUUUACGUAAACCAAACGUGAAAUAUUGAAAUCUAGGCUGAAAACCGAGUAGAUCUAGAUCUAGAUCUACGGCUACGCUGAAGAUCGCUAACACGGAUAAGCAUAGAUCUACGGGGGAACGUGUAUUAUUAUUGCUUGGAAAAAGACCCGUCAACCGGGAGAAUGUCGCGCUUAUUUUGCUAAUUACUGAGCAAUUACUCGUUUUCUACUAGAAUCGUUUGGCACAUAAUUUAUAUUUAUAAUACAUAGAUCUAGAGGUCUAGAUCUAGAUCUAACUGUUAUUGUGUUAGAGUCUACACACACUUAGGUGGUCAUUUAUUGCUGGAUUCUGUUCGAACUCAUUUUGUGAUCGUUACCAAAGCUGGAAUUUUAAGGAGGGGGGGGGGGGCAUAAAUGGGUGUUUUUUAAACUCUUAACGUGCCAAAGAAAUUGCAGCUCUAUGGAUUUAUGUGUAUUAUGUGGUGCCAAUUGACGACAGCGUAGUUAAGAGUUAAACAUUAAUUUAAGAUUUUUUUUCGUUAUUCAUGUUUACCUAGAUCUAGGCUAGGCUGAUGACCUUGACAGAGAUAUGCCGAGAGCAAAGAGGAGGCGUGUGGACUAUUAUGUCAAGGAAUUUAUCGACAAGAGAUGUGAUCCACCUUGGAUUAAGGAACAGUUCAUUAACACUAAGAAAGGGCGUGGAGUAAUUGCCGUGGAGGACAUCCAACACGGACAAUUUUUGGCUCAAUAUGCUGGAAAACUUCUUACAGGAGAUGUCGGAAGGCAAAGAGAGGAGUGUGAGGACAGUGUAUUCAGAUUUUUUUUCAAAUGGCAUGGAAAAGCAUUUUGUAUUGACGCAACUGAAGAGCCUACCAGUGGGCCACAACUGGGGCGACUGGUGAACCAUGGAGAUCCCUGUGAGAGGAAUAGUACAAUGAAGGUUAUUACUGUGGAUAGUAGUCCCCUUCUCUGCCUAUUUAGCACCAGAUCUUUAACAAUUGGAACAGAAGUUCUAUAUGACUAUGGGUUGACAACAGAUGAAAUGCAUUGGAAAAAGCCUAUGGAUACUACAGAAACAAGGGGACAGGCAUCUCCAUGCAUAGGCAUUGAUGAGGAGGCACCUGAAGAAACUACAUGUACAGAUAUGCCUAUGGAUACUACAGAAACAAGGGGACAGGCAUCUCCAUGCAUAGGCAUUGAUGAGGAGGCACCUGAAGAAACUACAUGUACAGAUAUGCCUAUGGAUACUACAGAAACAAGGGGACAGGCAUCUCCAUGCAUAGGCAUUGAUGAGGAGGCACCUGAAGAAACUACAUGUACAGAGAUGGAAAUUAACUCCAACAGACAACAGAAAAAAGUGGCACCUGUGAUGGUUGAAAGUGACAGUGAGAUCAACUCCAAUGGAAAGAGGAAAUUGGUAGAAAGUGAUGGUGAUAUCAAGUCUAACCGAAAACUGGGAAAAAAAGCACCUGCGAUAGUAGAAAGUGACAGUGACAAAGAAGAUGAGCCAUAUGUGGCACCUGUGAUGGUUGAAAGUGACAGUGAGAUCAACUCCAAUGGAAAGAGGAAAUUGGUAGAAAGUGAUGGUGAUAUCAAGUCUAAUCGAAAACUGGGAAAAAAGGCACCUGCGAUAGUAGAAAGUGACAGUGACAAAGAAGAUGAGCCAUAUGUAGCUGCAUCAAAUACAAAACCCAACGGACCAAGGAAAUGGGAUUCAUAUUCAUACUGUCUAUAUUGCGGUAAGAAGCAGUCACAGCUUAAACGCCAUCUGUUACGAAAGCACACAGAUGAGUCAAUGGUUGCAGAAGCCCAGGCAACAGUUGAUGAUAACAGAAAAACGCAAAUAUGGUCAAAAAUAAAGAAAUUAGGGGACUUUGAGCACAAUCAAAAGGUACACAUUGGAGAAGCAAUGGAUUUAAAAGUAACAAAGAGGCCUAAAUAUAAAGCGAAAUAUGAUGUGAAUGAUUACGUCCCAUGCUCUUAUUGUUACGGAUAUUACCAUAUUCAUUCCCUGUACAUUCACAGAAAAAAUUGUAAAGCAAAAGAUGGAAGCAAGAACAAUGCAACAAACAAAAACAUGCAUGUGAAAAGUGGUAGAGCUCUUAUACCUAUGAAGCAUAGCACAACAAGUCAAUGUCGCAGAGCAGUUGAUUCAAUGGGUUGCAAUGAUAUAUCACUAAUAAUAAAAAAUGAUCAAGACAUCCUUGGUGUUGGACAGAAUCACUUAGGAAAAAGCAAUUCUGCUAAGAAGGAAGAAACAUGCAGAGAAAAAAUGAGGACAGUCGCAAAAAUUCUACAAGCAGCAAGAAGCAUUGACACAAGUAUUGUAAAUGCGUCAGACAUGCUUACUCCUAGCAAAUUUGAUACUGUAGUUAAGGCUUCUCUUGUUGUAAGCAAAUAUGAUGAAGGCACACAAAAACAUGGGGCAUACUCUACUGCUCUCAAGCUUGGACCAUUUCUUAAAGACCUGGUGGUGGUUGUCAGGGGCAAGUAUUCCAGACAAAAUAUGGAAGACCAUGUGAAGACGGUCAAUGAAUUUGAAAGGUUGCUUGUUGAUGAGUGGAACAUUCAUGUGACUUCCUCUGCACUGCAGCAGCGCACCGAGAAGAAUUGGAAAAACCCUAGGACACUGCCUCUCACACAAGAUGUUGUUAAAUUUAACAAGUAUCUUGCAGAAACAGAGAAAGAAAUAAAGACAGACAUAGAACAAGCUGGCAUGUCACCAGAUCUAUACAGAGAUUUGGCCAAUGUAACUCUAGCGCAAAUUGUAACAUACAAUAGAAGACGACCUGGGGAAGUAGAAAGAAUGAAAGUAGAUGAAUACAGAGAGCAGAUCACCAAGACUGACAUAUGCCAUGAUGAAAUUUUCAAGACUCUCACAAUGUCAGAGAAGGCAGCAAUGCAUCGGCUGAAGAUGGUAAAGGUCAGAGGCAAGAGAGGAAGGGGAGUUCCAGUCUUUUUGACUGAAAACACAAAACAGAGUGUGGAUAUGAUAAUAGACUACCAUGACCAAAGGCAAAGAGAUGAUGAGCCACGCAGAUACAUAUUCUCUCGAGCAUGUGACACUGCUAGUACUCCGUACAGAGCCUGUGACGCAAUGAAAACACUUACUGAUAAGGCAGAUCUUAUGAAGCCAGAAAAUGUCAGGUGUACACGACUACGGAAACAUAUAGCAACUACGUCCCAGCUGCUGAACUUAAAUGAUCAUGAGUUAGAGCAGUUGGCCAAUAUGAUGGGUCAUGAUGUUCGUAUUCAUCGAGAAUAUUACAGACUUCCGCAAGAUGUCCUGCUGUUGGCAAAGGCUAGCAAACUACUCACAAUAUCUGCAAAAGGUGAAAUGCACAAAUAUGCUGGAAAGUCACUUGAGGAAAUUGAGCUGAGUCCAGACGACACUGUAGAUCUAGAUGAAACCGACCAAACCAUGUCGGGAGACACACAGACUGAAUAUAGUGAUGAAGAGACUGGACCUCGUGAUGUAGACAAGAGCCCUGGAGGAAGCGAUGCAGAAACAGUAGUUAGUGACAGUGAAGAGUCUGAAGUCUUUGAAGAGGUAAGCAGACGUACCCAAGCAAAAGUAAAGCGUGUAGGCAGAAAAUACAACAGGUGGACAGAUGAACAGACACAAUAUCUCAAAUCCAGGGAAGAAGUCAAGAAAAUGUUGAAGACUAAAACUGUGCCAGGAAAACUGGUUGGAUUACAAAUCAUACAAAAGAGUAAGGGACUGCUGAAAGACAAGAACUGGAAAGAAGUUAAAUUCAAAGUCCAUACUUUAAACCAACUUGAAAGGAAGAGGUUGCAGAAGAAGGAAAAGAUGUAUGUGAAAAAGUAAGCAGGGUGUUGUGGAUGGACCUCUCCUUUGACAGCUGAAUUAAUUGCGACAUACCUGCAUUUUGUACCAUUUUUUCUUUUUUUGUUUGUAUUGAAGUGUUACUACAAAAAUUUGAUAUAGGUUUUAGUUUAGGGAAAAGAGUUCAUAUUUUACCUAAAUUCAGUAUCAGUAUGGUACAUGCUGCAAAUCACAUCAUGGUUGAUUAUUACACAGAACACCUCUACACCAAGUGCAGUUGGUAGAUGCUUCCAAUAAUAUUGGAAUGAAUUUUGAAAUACUGGCCUUUCAGGUUAUCAAAUACCUUACCUAUGGUAUGUGUCAGUGUUGUCUCAAUACUCAAUUGCCCAUUUUCAUUUUUUUUUAUCAGAAAGUAAGUGUUUCCUAUUACUUUAAUUAAGUUUAAGAAAUUUGUACAGUAAAAGAAAUGUCCUGCAUUCAAAGCAUUUGGUGAUGGAUAUCCAAGAAUUGUUAUGUUGGUUUCGUUGAUUUGCGGAUGUAACACUGACACCUGAUGUUUCCAAAUCAACCAAAUGCUUCAUCUAUCAUGAGUCCCUGUGAUUUCACUUGAUACCAUUGGUUGACUGUCUCAUGUAAAUAUGUUGUACAAGUAUAUCAAUUAAGGGUGGUGGAGGGAUAAUGUUUUAUCCAAUAUGUUUUAUCUCGUAACUCGUGAACAACUCUGAUGGGAAGUGCAUGAGUGUAUACAUUUUCUGACAGGAAAUUACACAAUAAAUCCCUUGGUGACUCCAUUUAAAUCACACAAAAAACCUGCUUUUUACCCAAUUUUUUGGACCACCAUUAUAAAGUAACUUUACAGGGAAUUUUUUUUUUUAAUGUAACAUUAAUCCAGGCACUUGAACCUCAUUUACUACUCUCAGUUGUUUCAAACUCGUACCUAUUGUCCAAAACAUUGACAAAUAUUUUUUUGAAAAUGUCAUUCCCAAGUUUGAGUUUAUGCAUCAUGGGUUAUGAAAACAAACUCAAGGACCUACUUUAAUACAAAAAAUUAAAACUAAAAUUUAGUUGCUACUGUAUAUUCUGCAUGAAAGUUUACCAAGGAGAUGCUUUAUUUUGGUGUCUGGAUUAGUUCCAAAAAAAAAAAAGUGGAGAAAAUAAUACGACUGAAAUUGUUGAUUUUAUGCAAAAACAUUUAUUUUCAUCUAAUGGCAUCCAAUGGCAUCCAAUGGCAUGUUUCCAGUUUUGUAAUGAUUGCCAAUUGUGUUAAUUUCCACAGAUUUUAGAUUAAACAUCCACAUGGUAUAUAUUUCUGAAAAAUUUGAAACAUGUUUGCAUAAUGUUGCAUAUGAGUUACAGCGCUGUUAUUUUGCUCUCAAAUGACCCUUCAUUUGCUCAAAUCCCUCAUCCCACCUGUCACAUAUAUCACUAUGCAGAUCUUCAUGGUAAAUAUGGUAUGUUUUGUUUCAAACCUCAUUUUCAAAUGAUGAUAAUUGAUUACUCAACUGUGCAUAGAAUAAGUGAUUUUACUAAUAUGCAAACAUGUUUCAACUUUUUGAGAAAUGCGUCUGUAUAUCAAACAUCUGUACAAAUUCAAUUCAUAAAACCUUUAAACAUGGGUUGAAUUGAUAUUACACAUACUGUGUUUAUACUUUGCAUAUAGCACAUGAUGAUUUGUUAAUGUAAUUUGUUAUCCAGUCGAUGUAGAUUUGAGAAAAUUAUAAAUGCUUUAUUUGGGUGUCUGGAUUAGUUUUUAAAAAAGUGGAGAAAAUAAUGAUAAUUUACUGAAAUUGUUGAUUUUAUGUACAAACAUUUAUUUUCAGUUAAUUUUCAAUCUCAUAUUUGAAAAAUCACAAAUAUUUUGUCUCCUGAUUUUAGGACAAGUUUGCUGACAAGAGGCCACGUCCAAUGGCAUGUUGUUUUCAGUUUUGUAAUGAUUGCCAAUUGUGCGUAUUUUUCCAAGUUAAUUUCCACAGAUUUCUGAGUAAACAUCCACAUGGUAUGUAUUUCUGAAAAAUUUGAAACAUGUUUGCAUAAUGUUGUAUAUGAGUUAAAGCGCUGUUUUUUUUUCUUCUCCCAAAUGACCCUUCAUUUGCUCAAAUCUCUCAUCCCACCUGUCACAUGUAUCACUAUGCAAAUCUUCAUGGUAAAUAUGGUAUGUUUUGUUUCAAACCUCAUUUUCAAAUGAUGAUAAUUGAUUACUCAACUGUGCAUAGAAUAAGUGAUUGUCACAAACGAGGCGUUGUAGAGAAGACUACAGAUUUUACUAAUAUGCAAACAUGUUUCAACUUUUUGAGAAAUGCGUCUGUAUAUCAAACAUCUGUACAAAUUCAAUUCAUAAAACCUUUAAACAUGGGUUGAAUUGAUAUUACACAUACUGUGUUUAUACUUUGCAUAUAGCACAUGAUGAUUUGUUGAUGUAAUUUGUUAUCCAGUUGAUGUAGAUUUGAGAAAAUUAUAAAUGCUUUAUUUGGGUGUCUGGAUUAGUUUUUAAAAAAGUGGAGAAAAUAAUGAUAAUUGACUGAAAUUGUUGAUUUUAUGUUCAAACAUUUAUUUUCAGUUAAUUUUCAAUCUCAUAUUUGAAAAAUCACAAAUAUUUUGUCUCCUGAUUUUAGGACAAGUUUGCUGACAAGAGGCCACGUCCAAUGGCAUGUUGUUUUCAGUUUUGUAAUGAUUGCCAAUUGUGCGUAUUUUUCCAAGUUAAUUUCCACAGAUUUCUGAGUAAACAUCCACAUGGUAUGUAAUUCUGAAAAAUUUGAAACAUGUUUGCAUAAUGUUGUAUAUGAGUUAAAGCGUUUUUUUUUUCUUCUCUCAAAUGACCCUUCAUUUGCUCAAAUCUCUCAUCCCACCUGUCACAUAUAUCACUAUGCAAAUCUUCAUGGUAAAUAUGUGUUUGUUUUUUCCAAACCUUCUCAUGUUUCAAGGAUGAUAAUUGAUUACUCUGCUGUGCAUGGAAUAAGUGAUUGUCACAAAUGAGGCGUUGUAGAGAAGACUACAGCUUUUACUAAUAUGCAAAUAUGUUUCAACUUUCUGAGAAAUGCAUCUGUAUUUCAAAGUUUCCAAACUUACGUUGAGGAGUUUAUAUCAAACAUCUGUACAAAUUCAAUUCAUAAAACCUUUAAAAUGGGUUGAAUUGAUAUUACAUAUACUGUGUUUUUACUUUGCAUAUAGCACAUGAUGUGUUUCAAUGACUAUAUUCUUCUUGGCACAUACUGCAAUGAAGUCUUAAUUUGAACUGGAUUGACAGCAAGUUGUGUUGAGUUGCAGUGUAAAAAUUAUGGAUAGAUAGAUAAUGCAACUCUAUAAAGUAAGAGCAUGGAUGAAACCUUUUUAAGGUCAAAAGAUUUGCUUCACUGCCUGCAAUUUGUGUAUAGCUUGUGAUUUAAUCCAUUAUAAGAAUGAAGGUGAAAUUUGUGCAGUGCUUUUUUUUAGAUUUCAAACAUUUUUUCAAAUUGUAUUUUUCUUUUUCAAGUUUGAUGGUUAAAAAGUUGACAAAUUGUAGCUUUUUUAGGAAAACAAUUGAGAUUGUAAACUGCCAGCACUGUCUCCACAGCUCUUAAUAGGGCUAUUGCAUUGGCUUCAACUUCAAGAAUGCUGAGAAGAUUUCCCUGUUAAGUGAAGUGCAUGUCUACCAGUUAUUUUGUUAUUUCACUGAUGUUGAACUCGCAAAAUAAAUGUUCAAUUGGCAUUUACAACAGAGAAUAA